AUGGUAGUACGUUUGUCGUCCUUAUUAUUGUACGACAUACGUCGUCACUCGUCCAUCGCCCGUCGGCUAAAUGUGUUUUUUGAUCAGCGGGCGUCCCACCGCGUACGAAAAACCAGAGAUAUUACUGUAAAGAACAGCUUCUCCCGGGUGGUACGCCGCACACAGACGGUGUACACUGUACCGACUGGUACGGCACACGGACCGACCGAGACGGGCCACCACCACCACCACCUUGCGAACGAAGACGGACGUCGCGUCGUCGCGCAGUCCGGCACCGAUAGCGUCGCAACCGUAAAAACUCGGCGGCACCACCACCACGACGACGAGACCGCACCGUGCGAGAACCGUCGUCAUCACCAGUCACCACCGCCACCGCGCGUCGUCUUCGGCGUAGUAGUUGUAGCACAGUCGUUCGGCGGAGUAGGAGAACGCGUCGAGACUUGA